GAAAAAAAAGAAUAUUGAAUGAACUGAACUGAGACUGAGGUUAGUUGAAAAUGAGUUUUUGUAAAGCCAGUGAAUUAAUUAUUAUAAGAAUGAUUUGAACUUUAUUAGAUCUUCAAGAAUUUAUUCAAUUUAUCUGCUCACAUUUUGAAAAAUAAACAGCUUUGUGACAUAAUGAAAACAUUGCUUUCACGGCAUCAAUAUUGAACUUAGCAGAAACCUGAAAACGUCAACUGCAGUUGAAAGCAGUCUGUUUGCAACAUGUCGGGAUCAAGGGGGGAUCCCGGUCCCAUUCCCAAACGAUGGUUGCACUGUCCCCGUAAAGCUGUGAAGAUGAUGGACGAUAAGUUUCUAGCUUUCAAAACACCACUAUCUGACAAGUUCGACUGUAAAGUGCCUGAAGAAUGUCGAUUCUCACCUCGAAUGCUGUUUAGCUCUAUGAAAAUUCACAAAGUGCGAAUCGGAUUGUGGAUAGACCUGACAAACACGGAACGGUUUUAUGAUAAGCAAGAGAUAACAACGGCGUACGGCGAGGACUCGGUCAGAUACAUCAAACUGCAGUGUCGCGGUCACGGUGAGACGCCCAACGCCGAGCAGACAUCUCUCUUCAUCAACAUCUGUCGCAAGUUCAUCAGUACUAAGCCGCUAGAAAAGAUUGGUGUACAUUGUACGCAUGGCUUCAACAGGACAGGCUUUCUGCUGGUUUCAUUUAUGAUUGAAGAGUACAACACCAGUGUGGAGGCAGCCAUAAGACAAUUCGCCGAUUGCAGACCACCGGGCAUCUAUAAGCAGGACUAUCUGAACGAACUGUUUUCGCGGUAUGGUGAUGUAGAGGACACUCCACUUGCUCCCACUCUGCCCAACUGGUGCUACGAGGAGGAAGACGAGGACGAUGAUGGAGAUCGUCAUGCACAUAAUAAUAGGAAACGUCGUCAUGAUAAUCAUAAUUCAAAUCCGCAGAAUAAUGAUAGAAACAGUGGAAGUAGUCGCCAGAACAAGAUGGACGGUGGACCUCCAAACAAAAAACAACGCUUCUCGGACUCGUUCGUGAAGAACCCGGUGUUCAUGUCAGGGGUGCCUGGCGUACAUCCCGUUCGAGACACCUGCAAGAUGAAUGAUAUCCUCUCGCUCAUCAAACGCAUGUGCAACUACUCAAAGCUUGGAUUCCCUGGUGGGCAGCCGAUUUCCAUGGAUGUAGAUAACAUGCAUAAUCUAAAAAUAAAACCAUAUCGAGUCUCGUGGAAAGCUGAUGGAACAAGAUAUAUGAUGCUUGUAUCGAGGGAAACCGAGAUAUACUUUGUGGAUCGUGAUAAUAGUGUAUUUCAAGUUGAUGGACUGAAAUUCUUGAUGAGAAAUUCUCAAAGACAUCUCACCAACACACUUUUGGAUGGCGAAAUGGUGAUUGAGAAUCACAUGGGUAAGACGUUUCCUCGCUAUCUAAUCUACGAUGUGAUUCAGAUAAACGGUAAUGACGUCACACAAAAAUCCUUCUUCCCCGACAGGCUGGGAAUUAUUGACAAAGAGAUCAUAUACCCGCGCACAGAGGCGAUGAAGAAGGGUGUGAUAGAUCGCAGCCUGGAGCCGUUCAGUGUGCGCCUGAAGCAGUUCUACCCGGUCAGUGCAGCCGCCAGUCUGCUCGGAGAGAAGUUCGCCAAACAGUUGUCACACGAACCUGACGGCCUCAUUUUCCAGCCAUCCAAAGAUCCCUAUAUCGCUGGAAAGUCUCCAAACGUAUUAAAAUGGAAGCCGCCGAGUCACAAUUCUGUCGAUUUCAAGCUCAAAUUGGAAAAGGAAGAAGGAAUGGGGAUAGUGCCGCGAACGGUGGCGUUCCUGUACGUGUCAGGGUUCGACCGGCCGUUCUCGCAGAUGAAGAUGAGUGCCGACCUGCGACAGUUGAAUGGCAAAAUCAUCGAGUGUCGCUUCGACCAGGACAUCAACAGCUGGGUGCUCAUGCGCGAACGAACCGACAAGUCCUACGCCAAUAGUCACGAGACUGCUCUAGCUGUGAUAAAAUCGAUCAAAACGCCGGUGACAAAGGAGUACCUGCUGUCUUUCAUCGAGUCACAACGCUUCCGAGACGAGGACAGCGAGAUGAUGCCGCCUCCACCGCCCCACAAUCACCACCCCCAACACCAUCACCACCCCCAGCAUCACCACCCCCAGCACCACCACAGAUAGCUGAGCGCCACCCCCGGCACUUGUGCGUCGCCUAGAGCGCCUUAGAUGCCGCCCCCGAUACUUUUGUCGUGCCUGGGGCACCUUAAAUCCCGCCCCCGAUACUUGUUUCGUGCAUAGGGUGCCUUACAUGCCGCCCCCGAUACUUUUCGUGCCUGGGGCACCUUAAAUCCAGCCCCCGAUACUUGUUUCGUGCAUAGGGUGCCUUACAUGCCGCCCCCGGUACUUUAAAAAAAAACUCAAAAAGCGCCUAGGGUGAGGUUAGACAAAACAAACCUACUUGUUUAUCUUUAUGUGACUUGUGAGAUGAACUUUUAACUGUCAUUUAAAAUUAACUUUUAACUUUAAAUUAGUUGUUUAUAAGGAAUACUGAUAGUUUCGGAUCAAUCUAACUAUAGCUAUCCAAAUUGAAGACUACUAAAUUGACAUAAAUCUCUUGAAAUAUAGAGACACUAGUCUCGGUUGUUACAUCAUUUUUAAUCACUGUUCUGUGAUGGAAUCAAUUCUAUAUUUGUAACAUUCACAACCUAGCUCAAUAGUAGAUACAAUCUAAAAUUGAUACAAUCAAUAGUCCGUGCAAAACUCAGUUUGCAGAAUAGAGCUUUAUGGCCAAUGUUAUUUCAGUAGAACAAUAUGAGCACACGGUUGCCGUUUUUAUGCUGAUUCUAUCAAAAAGCCCUAUGCUCUCUUUUUUUCGCUUGUUCUCUCACACAAUUAUUUGACAGUCUCUUUGGAUUCUGUGAAAUCUGGCAGCGCUGUACUCCUUAAUACCUUAGAGAAAAUAUAGCAUAAGUGCUAUCUUCUCUCUAUGGUAUAAUAGAUCCACGGUUCUUGUUUUUGUUUGACUUCUAGGAAAUUAUCAUUAAUUUAUGCAAAAAAGCAAUCAUUGUUAUACAGUAGCAUCAAAGUGAAGUAGUACUUUGAACUGGUAGACAGUUUUAUAACAUAAGUAGCAUCAAUUAUUAUUGCCUUUCAACCGAUGACAACAUUCUCAUUUAACA